UCCCAGCGAUCUGAACAAAAACUCAGAGGUAAGGACCUUGCAUCUGCCCAAGAGACAAUCGUAUAGCAGUGUGACUGAUUAAAACAAACACACAGAGGAGGAGAAGACAGAAGAAAAGAGAGACAGCUGUUGGACAGCGGGAAGUGAAAGAGGAGCAAAAGAGCAGAGAAGGAGGGGAAGGAGGAGAAAGAGAUAAGACUGUGACAAAGAGAAGACAGCAAAGGGGAAGCACAUGGUGUAAAAAUGCCCACUAACUUUACUGUGGUCCGAGUAAAGGACAGCGCUGGAAAAGCAACAGAGGGGAAUGAUGAGGAUGUGGAUGAGAACAAUGUGCUAAAAGAGGAAGAGGAGGACGCCACAGGUGAUGGCGUUCCAAAGGAAAACAGUCCGUUUAUCAACAACACAGACAAUGACAAGGCCAACAGCUAUGAUGGCACCAAUAUGGCCCUUUUUGAGGAGGAAAUGGACAGCAACCCAAUGGUGUCGUCUCUACUCAAUAAACUGGCAAACUACACAAAUCUUACCCAAGGGGCCCAGGAGCAUGAGGAGGCUGAUGAUGAUGAAGGGACAAAGAAGAAAACUGUCAAGAGCCCUCAGAUGGGGACUUUCAUGGGUGUCUACCUCCCCUGCCUCCAGAAUAUUUUGGGGGUCAUCCUCUUUCUGCGCCUUACCUGGAUUGUUGGCACUGCCGGUAUCUUGGAGUCUCUGGCUAUUGUCGGCUUGUGCUGCUCUUGUACCAUGCUGACAGCCAUAUCCAUGAGUGCAAUUGCUACUAAUGGUGUUGUGCCAGCUGGAGGCUCGUACUACAUGAUUUCCAGAUCUCUUGGUCCAGAGUUUGGUGGAGCUGUUGGGCUAUGUUUCUACCUGGGCACAACCUUUGCUGGUUCCAUGUACAUCCUUGGUACUAUAGAGAUUCUGUUGACCUACAUCGUGCCUAAGGCAGCCAUCUUCGUAGCAGAGAGGAAGGAGGACGAGGUGGAUGCUCUGCUCAAUAACAUGCGAGUUUAUGGCACAUGCUGCCUUGCACUGAUGGCCAUUGUCGUCUUUGUGGGGGUGAAGUAUGUCAAUAAGCUAGCUCUAGUCUUCCUAGCCUGCGUCAUUCUCUCUAUCCUUGCCAUCUAUGCUGGAGUCAUCAAGACCAUCUUCGAGCCGCCUGACUUUCCUGUAUGCAUGUUGGGGAAUCGCACACUGCAGAACCACAACUUUGACAAGUGUCUUAAGACGGAGAUAAAAGACAACAUAACAGUCACUACCCAGCUUUGGAAUCUCUUCUGUGAAGGACCAGAACUCAACGCCACCUGUAAUGAAUAUUUUGACAACAACAAUGUGACUGAGGUGCAGGGCAUCCCUGGAUUGACCAGUGGUGUCAUUUCAGAAAACAUGUGGCCAGAAUACGGCCCUCUUGGUAUGCUGGUAGAAAACAAGAAGCUGGCAUCUGUUCCAGGAGGUGACCCCAAACAGGAUAUUUACAUGCCCUAUGUGGUUAAUGACAUCACAACCUUCUUUACCCUUCUGGUUGGCAUCUACUUUCCUUCUGUAACCGGUAUCAUGGCUGGUUCUAAUCGAUCAGGGGACUUGCGAGAUGCCCAGAAGUCCAUUCCUAUUGGGACCAUCUUGGCUAUCGCUACCACCUCUUUCAUCUACAUCAGCUGUGUGGUACUGUUUGGCGCCUGCAUCGAGGGGGUUUUACUUCGUGACAAGUUUGGUGACUCUGUGAAAGGGAAUCUUGUGAUUGGCACACUGUCUUGGCCCUCCCCUUGGGUCAUUGUGAUUGGCUCGUUCUUUUCAUGCUGUGGGGCGGGGCUUCAGAGUUUGACAGGCGCACCACGUCUGCUGCAGGCCAUCGCACGAGAUGGCAUUGUACCUUUCUUACAGGUGUUUGGUCAUGGGAAAGCUAAUGGAGAGCCGACCUGGGCUCUGCUGCUGACUGCUGGGAUCUGUGAGAUAGGCAUCCUCAUUGCUUCCCUGGAUGCUGUGGCUCCCAUCCUCUCCAUGUUUUUCCUGAUGUGUUACCUGUUUGUCAACCUGGCCUGUGCAGUUCAGACCCUGCUACGAACACCCAACUGGAGACCACGCUUCAAAUACUAUCACUGGGCAUUGUCCUUCUUGGGGAUGAGCUUGUGUCUUGCCCUCAUGUUCAUCUCCUCCUGGUACUAUGCUAUUGUGGCCAUGGCCAUCGCAGGCUGUAUCUACAAAUACAUUGAAUACAGAGGGGCAGAGAAGGAGUGGGGUGAUGGCAUCCGGGGCCUGUCUCUUAAUGCAGCCCGCUACGCCCUCAUUCGCCUAGAGGAUGCGCCACCACACACAAAGAACUGGAGACCCCAGUUGUUGGUGCUCCUGAACCUGGACUCAGAUCAAGGAGUCAAACACCCUCGCCUGCUGUCCUUCACCACCCAGUUGAAGGCAGGGAAAGGCCUAACAAUAGUGGGGAAUGUUUUAGAGGGAACUUAUCUGACUAAGGAUACAGAGUCCAAAAAGGCGGAGCAGAACAUCAAGGCUUGCAUGUCAGCAGAGCGUACAAAGGGUUUCUGUCACGUUGUAGUGUCGUCCAACCUUAGAGAUGGCGUCUCUCACCUCAUCCAGUCUGCAGGGCUGGGAGGCAUGAAACACAACACGGUCCUAAUGGCCUGGCCCGGGACCUGGAAGCAGUCCAAUGAUCCACAGUCAUGGAAGAGUUUUAUAGAGACUGUACGGGAGACCACAUCAGCCCAUCAGGCCUUGCUUGUGGCUAAGAAUGUGGACAGUUUCCCCACCAACCAGGACCGUCUGGGAGAGGGUACCAUCGAUGUGUGGUGGGUGGUUCAUGACGGAGGCAUGCUGAUGCUGCUGCCCUUCCUCCUGCGACAGCACAAGGUGUGGAGAAAGUGUAAGAUGCGCAUCUUCACUGUUGCCCAGAUGGAUGACAACAGCAUCCAGAUGAAGAAAGAUCUGCAGAUGUUCCUUUACCACUUGCGUCUGGAUGCAGAAGUGGAAGUGGUAGAGAUGCACGAUAAUGACAUCUCAGCCUUCACCUAUGAGAAGACACUGGUGAUGGAGCAGAGGUCACAGAUGCUAAAACAAAUGCAACUUUCCAGAACUGAGAGGGAGAGAGAGAUUCAAAGUAUCACAGACGAAUCACGUAGCUCAAUCCGGAGGAAGAACCAGGGCGCUGCCCCGGGCACGAGCCUCAGCCGGCAGUCCUCAACAGCGGAGGACACUCAGGAGGAUGAGGCCCAGCUCAUCCACGACAGGAACACAGCAUCUCACACAACAAUAAAUGACAAAGCAGACGCUGGGCCAGAGCGGGUUCACAUGACCUGGACCAAGGACAAGCUCUUCACAGAGCGUCGCAACCGCGAGUGUAACGCAAACGUGGCUGUGCGCGACCUCUUUAACAUGAAACCAGAGUGGGAGAGCCUGAACCAGUCUAAUGUUCGUCGGAUGCACACAGCUGUGAAGCUUAAUGAAGUGGUGGUCAACAAGUCACAGGGGGCUCACCUGGUUCUGCUCAACAUGCCUGGACCCCCAAAGAACAGAGGAGGAGAUGAAAACUAUAUGGAGUUCCUGGAGGUCCUCCUUGAAGGUCUCAACCGGGUCCUCCUGGUCCGAGGCGGUGGCCGUGAAGUCAUCACCAUCUAUUCUUAAAUGAACUCUUGUACCCCCACCUUUCACACACACAGGCUGUCGCCAUGGAUAGCGGUCAUUGGGCAUUUUGUGGGAGGAAGCCUGAGUGUUUGUUUUGUUUUUUUGUUGUUUUUUUAAUGGAGGGUGGGGAUUGUUAGAAGGCGGGACCACUUGUGUUUGACAGAUGUCUGAAGGACCUCAAGACAACGGAAAACAUAACCCUGACCUGGUGAGCGAGUGAGUCCACACUGGGCCACAGUAUCCCUGCAAAUGGAAGAGAGAGCAUAGAGACACUUUAUAUUUUUCAUUUAACUCUGAAGAUAUUGUUCUGUUCUGUUAUGUUACAUUUUCAUAUUCUUUCCCUCUUGUGUUGAUGUUGUGGAGCUUUUAACUCUCACUGUGUAAAAGUAAGCAAAGAAAUGAGCGUGUGCUGUUGAUAUGAAUAUCAUAGUUUUUUGUGGUGUUGUGUAUUCUACUCUGGGAGGUGCAAAGACAUUUGCUGGAACUAAGAAAAACUGCACAUUAAUACUACAAAUAGAUUUGAUACAGAUCAUGUACACCAAAAAGUAGAAAAUAACCCAUCAGCUGUUGUCACUAAGAAAACCAAACUGCUCAUACUCAUACUUUUGUUCAGUCACAACCUAGUGGACCUGCAUAAUUAAGUUUGUUUGGUCUUUUUAUAAGCUGCUAAAACAUCAUUUCUAUGUUAUAGUGUGAACAUUAACCAACAGUGGGCUAGGCCUCUAUAGCUGUAUUCCAUAAAGGGGAACAUGAAGGAAUCUGGUGAAGCACCGAUGUUGUCUGUGCUGGGUACUAAUACUUGAUCAUUAAUCCAUAUUUCUCUGUCUUACAGAACUUUGAUUUGGAAGAAUAGCCAUAGCUAAUAUUCUAGGAUUUGUAAACUAAAUAUGCACAAUGUAAAGUUAUUUAUGGUGUCUGAAGUAGAGCUGUCAGGAUGUGUGUUGGAAAAGGAAUCUCUAAGCUGUUUAACAGCAUAAGUUACUGUUCAGUCAUAGAUGAGCUGGUCGAUUUAUAUGUUGAAUCUAUUUCUGCCUUAGGUGUUUGUUGGUGUUUGACAGAAUCCAUUUUCUACAAUGUAAAAGCACAUUUUGACAUAUAAAUUUGUGUAAUUCACAUUUGUUUGGCACAGUUUAUUCCUAUAAUAGAGCACUGUUGGCUUCACACUAUCAGACUAAAAACUGUUUUGAGAAAAGAAUUUCACCUUUUAACUUCUCUAAGGUUCUUGUUCGUGACUAGUGGCUGUUAAUUUAACAUGGACUAUUCAGUCUUUGCUGUCUGUUAGUAGUGGUCGUGCAGUUAAAUUCUGCAUUUUAGCAGUUAGUGGAGCACAGCAACAACUCCCAUGUCUUGUGGUGCUUUCCUUUAAACCCUGCCUGCAUCUGUCAAGAGACGUUUGGAAAGGCUGCCAACCCUGGUGGUGUUUGUGAAAGCAAACAUGGGGACUGAAACAAUGAUAGACCUGACCCCUCCUGGAAGAAAACAAGACAUCAGUAGAUGUUGUACAGUUAAAGUCGGUAGUGUUUUUGUUGAUGCUACUAUGUUAGUACUAUGUUUUUUGCAGUUGUAGCACACACAUGCUUUUCAAAACAAGACCAUGCAAGUGUGGAUGUAGCUUGGGAUCUGAGUGUACUCUUCUCUUCAGUGAGUUUCAUGGAACAGAAUGCACAUUUCAUAUUCAGUUCAAUGUUGCUGUUUUUAUACUACUUUACCAAACCGAUAUGCUUAGGCUUUGAGUCGGACACUGAGUAGAUGGACUGUUCCGAGCAUACGUAGAAGGAAAAGUGCCAAAAUGAUAACAAAAAGGAAACUGUGGAAGUAUUACUAAUGCAGCUUAUCACUGACCAUACUGUAGCUAUGGUCUUAAAGAAUGACAAUCCUUGAACGAUGAACUUAAAAGCAAAAAACACAGAGAACUUUUUUUAUGUCAAACCCGGCAGUUAAUUUAAAGCUUGGCAUGUAUGGAGGAAAUGCAACAAAUAGUGCACUUUCCAGGGCAUUUGAGACGUUCUAAUAUGUACUACUGAAGGACACACUCGCCUCAAAGAAGCAGACAAUUUCCUCACCCUUGUGUACAUCCACAGUUUCUUUUCCAGAUGAGCAGUAUUUUAUGAAGCAGAAAAUCACAUUUCCCCGCAGAUUUUUAUGUUUGCAAGAUGAGAACUUCUGCCUAAUUGUCAGAUAUGCAACGUCUGUUGUCUUUGUGUUUUUGUUGAGUUGUUCUAUGCCUGUCUGAUUAUCUCCAGUAGGUCUGAUCUUCGUAGUGUUUGCUAUAUUAUCACUGCUCUUCUGUUACUUUAAGUGUUGAUUGUUGAUGUGGUUUUAAUGGAGGAGGUAGACAGAGGACGGCUCUUGUCCACUAGUCGGCAUUUUUUGUGUUUGUGUUUUUUUUCAAACUACCAGAAACACAACAUGACUGUGGGAGGAUGCUGUAAUGAUGAAGAUUGGAGGCAGAUUAAAGGUUUAACUGUCACUCUGUAUGAGGUUGAAACUACUUGUUAUGUUUUAGCUAAUACAAGCCCAUACCGAGUACAGUGAAAAUGGUCUAGUAAAGAGUUAAAACUGUUGUAAAAGAUGAAUAAUUAAAGACACUUUUUUACUUAGUUAGUGAGCUGAAUAGCAGUAGAUGUGUACAAAGAAAACAUAUAUUGGCACAUGAAAUGCUACAUUAAAAAAGGUUACUGAAGGU